AUGUCCUCGUUGAAGCCCCUGAAGCUCUACCAUAAAGGAGCCGUACGCCCCAACCCAUGGAAAGUUGUCGCCAUUCUCGAGGAGCUGGAUCUCCCGUAUGAGCUUGUCAAAGUCGAGGAUAUCAAAGGCAAAGAGUACUUGGCCAUCAAUCCUAAUGGUAGAGUGCCUGCACUAGUGGAUCCGAAUACAAGUGUUACGACGUGGGAGUCUGGCUCAAAGAUCGACCAUUUCAUCGAGACGUACGACCAAGAUCACAAGAUCUCAUUUGGCACCUCGCCCGAGAAGUUCUUGGCUCGCAAUUGGGCGCAUUUCCAAAUGAGUGGCCAAGGUCCCUACUUCGGGCAGAAGGCUUGGUUCAGCAGGUACCAUCCGGAGACAGUGCAAUCCGCGAUCGAUCGCUACGGCAACGAGAUCGAACGUAUUCUCGGAGUCAUCGAGUUGCAUCUUGCAACCACUGGACAGCAAUAUCUGGUCGGCAAUAGAGUGUCAUACGCAGAUCUCAUGUUUGUCUCUUGGAAUGAUCUGCUUCCACUACUCAAGGGUGCGGACUUUGACUACAAGGGGAAAUUCCCCAAGACCUUCGAGUGGAAUGAGAGACUGGCUACUAGAGAGAGCGUACAGAAGACGAGAGCGGGGAAGAGCAAGGCCAUGGCUGCUUAG